GGGUUGGUUUAUUUGACAACUUUUAGGACCGGAAUUGGACUCUGAGGAGUCUCUCCUUGACUGAAAACGAGAGAAUUUAGAAACGGAUGAAGGUUAAGCAAAAGCUUCGCGAGGCCGUGGACUUACUCUACUCUUGUGGCCGUGCCGGACCUGAAGCUUACUCCCGUCUUUUGCUCGAAUGCUUUCGAACUGUCGAUGCUGACCAAGCAAGGAGAUUGCAAUCUCACAUGAGGCUUCACUCUUUUGCUCCCGACUCCACUUUCUUUCACAAUCGUUUCCUCCAGAUUUAUGCUAAAUCUGGUUACGUCUCAGAUGCCCAGCAUCUGUUCGAAAGAAUGUCUCAUAGAGAUCUUUUCUCAUGGAAUGCGAUGCUUUCUGCAUACUCAAAGUCGGGUUCUGUUGAUGAUCUGCUGUCGCUCUUUAAUCAGAUGCCAACCCAUGAUACUGUUUCAUACAAUACCACAAUUGCCGGUCUUGUGGGACAUGGUUGUUGUGAGAAGGCUUUUGAAUUUUUAAAUAGAAUGCAGGGGGAAGGAUUUGUGCCAACAGAACAUACCCAUGUGAGUGUUUUGAAUGCUUGUUCACAACUAUUGGAUUUAAAGCGUGGGAGGCAAAUUCACGGAUGGAUUACUGCUAGAAACUUGAAAGAAAAUUUAUUUGUUUGGAAUUCUUUAAUUGAUAUGUAUGCCAGAUGUGGUGAGCUUGACCUGGCUAGGUGGUUGUUUGAUCGAAUGGUCACAAGGAAUAUAGUAUUGUGGAAUUCGAUGAUCCACGGUUAUUUAAGAAAUGGGCAGCCUAAGAAAUGCCUUGAAUUAUUUCAUGACAUGCGCUUCUCUGGUGUCAACCCAGAUUUGGUUACGGUUUCAAGCAUUCUUGGAGCUCUUCUCCAAAUUGGUUCAAUAGCAGAAGCAGAUAAGGUAUUUAGAGGGAUAGAAAAGAGAGACAAAGUUUGUUGGACUACAAUGAUUGCUGGUCAUGCACAGAAUGGAAAAGAAGAGGAUGCUUUGACAUUAUUUACUGAGAUGUUAUUAGAUGAUGUCAGGCCAGAUGGUUUUACAAUCUCGAGUGUGGUCAGUGUCUCUGCUAGAUUAGCUUCUUUGGAUCGUGGCAAAGUACUUCAUGGAAAAGCAGUUAUUUUAGGACUUGAAGGUGACCUGCUCGUCUCUAGUGCCCUUAUUGAUAUGUACUCCAAAUGUGGAGAUACUACGGAUGCUCGGAUUGUUUUCAAAUUGAUGCCAACCCGGAAUGUGGUCUCGUGGAAUGCAUUGAUCGUAGGUUAUGCACAGAAUGGUUUGGAUCAAGAAGCAUUGGUGCUUUAUGAAAGUAUGUUGAAGGAGAAGUUGACUCCGGAUCAUAUUACCUUCGUAGGUGUCCUUUCUGCUUGUAGUCACGCUGGCCUGAUAGAAUGUGGGCAGAGAUAUUUCCAUUCAAUAAGUGAACAGCAUGGAAUGAAGCCCACUUUGGAUCAUUACACAUGCAUGAUCAAUCUCCUUGGUCGCUCAGGGUACAUGAAAGAAGCAGUAGAUACAAUUCAGGGAAUGCCUGAAGAACCAAAUAGUCUAAUUUGGUCUACUCUUUUGUUUGUAUCUGCAUUGAACAAAGAUGUACAACAUGGGGAGUUGGCUGCAAGGCAUCUGUUUGAAUUAGACCCACUCGAUGCAUCACCUUAUAUUGUGUUGUCUAACAUGUAUGCUGCUUCUGGAAGAUGGGAUGGUGUGGCCUCCUUGAGAUCUCUCAUGAAGGAUAGGAAUAUUCGAAAAAUUGCAGCCUACAGCUCGAUAGAGAUUGACAACAAGGUCCAUAAAUUUGUUUCAGAUGAUCGAACUCAUCCUCAAAGAGAUAAAAUAUACGACAAAUUGAAUGGACUGAUUAAGAAAUUGCAGGAAGCUGGUUUUGCUCCUAAUACCAAAUUGGUUUUACAUGAUGUGAGUGAGGAGGAGAAGUUUGAAUCUAUCUGUUACCACAGUGAGAAGCUUGCUCUUUCAUUUGGGUUGAUCAGCAAACCUCUGGGAACAAUACCUAUAAGGAUUGUGAAAAACAUACGUGUUUGCGGAGACUGUCACUUGUUCAUGAAGUUUGUGUCUACAAUUACUCAAAGAUCUAUUGUAUUGAGAGAUUCAAACAGAUUCCACCAUUUUGAUAAUGGACAAUGCUCUUGCCGGGAUUACUGGUGAUAGUGAAGUAGAGAUUUUUAAGUGACAUGUAUACUAUGACAGAAGAGAUGCCCCCUCGAGAAUUUUUUAGAGUAAAGGUAUACUGUAAAGUA